GCAACAAUGCCGCCGGCGCGCGAGUCAAAGCGCGAGACUUUGCAGAGCAGCAGUGAAUCGGACGGAGAGAACAACGCGUUGUUUCCAUGGACUACAGGAAUAUCUCGUUUCUUGUUCCCUUCGUUUCUACGUUUGUUGCAAUCGACCCUUACUGAUUACUGCCACUUUAGUUCCUUUUAAUGCCCUAAACCGGUUUUGCCUAUUGCUUUUCUUGCCGGACUGUAAUUCGUUGGGUAAGUUAAGUGCUGGCGGACAUCAUCACUGUUGUUUCAGGACUGGACAUCAUAAUAUCUUGGAUAUUAGAUGAGCGAAAAGUUACAUUUUGAACCUGCAGAAGGGUUUUCUGCUCCAGCUGGGAAGUACAACACGACUUUUGUCUGCCGAAGGACUGAUUUUUUUUAUUUAUUUUUUUGUACCGGGUGGAUGUUCAUUUUCUCAGCAUGAGUAAAAAUACAACUUCAAGACAUUGACAGAAAUGCUAAUGUUGCGGUUUAUGGAGAACCAUUUCUAACCAGUGGACCUGGCGCCCCGCAUCAGUCUGCGUGGACUUUAAAUCAUUUAACUUCAGUACAUGCACAAUCAUAAUAUUGUUGUAAAUUCAUCCCAAAUCAGAUUCAUAAAUUGACCAUAUGGCUUUGCCUUCUCAAAUCUGACAAUACUUAAGACUUUCAGUUGAGGUCAUUGCCUCCUUUGAAUGGAACAAAAGGAGGUUGAUGUUUCUGAAUCUGCUUUCUUUAUACAAACAUUCAGAGAUUUGUGCUCCGAGUCUUUCAGAUGUGGAUGCUGCGGUCACACCAUCUCCUCAAGUGCAGGGGGAUCUAUUGAAGUUCAGCCCUCCACCAGUCUUUUGUCUCUGUUAGGUCCCGUUCAUUUGUCUUGUAGGAGGAACAUGGGAGUCCAGACGAGGGGAGCCUGGGUGGCUAUGGCGUUCUCGGACUGGGUCAGUGGAUUGGGAUUUCUCUUAAUCUUCCUGAUGAUGAGUUUAGCAGUGGAUGCGACCAACUUGGAGCCAGUCUACUGGAACUCUUUGAACCGAAGGUUUGGAGAUGAGAGGGGCUAUAUAAUCUACCCUCAAAUAGGGGAUCGUUUGGACCUUGUGUGUCCUGCCACAAGCCCUUUGGGGCCAAACUCUCCCCCUGAGUAUGAGUAUUAUAAACUGUACCUGGUGUCGUCACGAGAGCAGGCCGACAGGUGUGAGGUGAUGGGCGCCCCCAACCUGUUGCUCACCUGCGACAAACCCAACAGCGAUAUGAGGUUUACCAUCAAGUUCCAGGAGUAUUCGCCCAACCUGUGGGGUCACGAGUUCAAGAACUUACGAGACUACUACAUUAUAGCUACCUCUGAUGGUACAAAAGAAGGAAUUGACAGCAUGAGAGGAGGCGUCUGCGUGACACGAGGGAUGAAGUUGAUUCUCAAAGUGGGACAGACUGCAUAUGGCCUUCCCCCAAAGCCCAAACCUGAUCCGGGCCGACCCAACAGCAGAACCCCAGAUACAGAAAGUGGAUCUAAAGGGGGUGAUGGAGGUGAGGCUGGUGAGAGGGGAGACAGCGGCGCCGUAUCCGUCUCUAACAUCGCCCUAAUCGCCGGCGGUGCAGGGGGAGCCUUUAUCCUCCUGAUUGCUGUAGUGAUUGCCGUGGUGUGUUACCGCCGACGGAAAGCCAAGCACUCUGAAACUCACCACCCUGCCCUUACACUGUCCUCUCUUACCCCGAAGAGGGGCAGCUCCUGCGGGGCGGCAACCGGGGCUGGCGGGGGCAACAAUAAUGGCUCCGAGCCCAGUGAUAUCAUCAUUCCCCUGCGGACCUCUGAUUCUGCGUACUGCCCCCAUUACGAAAAAGUCAGCGGUGAUUACGGACACCCCGUCUACAUCGUUCAAGAGAUGCCCGCUCAGAGUCCAGCCAAUAUUUACUAUAAAGUAUGAGAUCAGCGAACACAAAGACGACCCAUCCUGACUUUUUCAAACCUCGCACACAUUCGCUGUGUUCAAGUGACUCUAUAUGUAAGAGCCUAAAUGCGUUAUUAGAACAUGGACCUGAAGUUGAGUUGAUCGUACCGUCUAGAAAAGCGGUAAAUACAGAUUUUAUGUCAUAGCAGCGUGUUUGCGGUUAUUUACACGUGUGUGUGUCUCUGUGUGCGACAUGAGGCGGGCAGAUCACGGAUUUCACAUGGGCUCAGGUGCAAGUGAAUGUACUUCACAUGCCUGUUUGAGACGAGUUUAUACGUCCGUUCUGAUGGUCGGAAUUGAAUUAUUGUGCUUAUUAUGAAAACCAAACAGUAGAGAGUGAGACUUUUAAGUGAUUCAUACUUUUAGAAAAAAAAUACCUGUAUAAAUAAUAUAAACACUUAAUAUGUUUUUAAACUUUGGGGGGAAAUCCGCUAAUUGCGUUGCAUUGAUUGCGUGGUUUAUUUGCACAUGCUGUCUCCAUUGUUUUAGCACCCCAUUCACUAAAGCAAACAUUCCCAGUAGAUCUGAACACAAUUUUACACCACAGUAGUUCCCCAUCUUGCAGGCUGAAUUGCAGCCUAGCACAAUCUGCCAUACUUUGCUGGGACUGUACACCAUCACUAAGAUCCAGACUUUAAAAUGCCAAAAAUAUUUUCAAACUCCAUUUGUUCGUCUAUAUAUGAUUCUGUUUCUCCAUAAUUUGAUAAUUAUUUGAUGAAUUUCUGCUGCCAUUAUCUCUAGAAAAUGUACAAAACAGCUAAAUAUUAACAUAAUGCUAAUUGCAUUUUUGUCAGUUUUCGAUACCACUCAAAACAGAUCCUGAUGGGAUCUGGUGAAGAAACUGCGCUUUGGAACGAUGUAACAUUUUUUGCGUAGUCGGCAGGAUCUACAGUAUUACAAAAUGUUUUUGUGCGUUCUACAAUAAGGCUAAUUUGCAUGAAAAGGAGGCAUGAUUGUGCUGAAAAGGAAAAAAAAGUGAGGAAAAAAACUUCUCAAAAUAUUUUAAAUACUAUUCCAGCGCAGACUGUGGCUUGUUAAACUGGAUUGUGGGUGAUUAGUGAAUGAGACGCAGUGUCCCGCACGCAACCGUUUAGUGAAUUCGCCCCUUUUUAUUUUCCUUUUCUCAUUUCAUCCGAUUGUAAAUGUUUGUCUUUUCUGAACUCGGACCUCCAUCUGAUUUAUUUAUUGUGCAUCAAAGAAGCAGUUUUUCAUUCCCUCCACUUAAUCAGCUUCCUAUCACAACUCCUCAGCGCCUGGUUGUUUGUUUUUGAGGUUUUUUAAACAUUUUUAUGUGAGGAGCAGGAAUCGCCUGUGGAGGAGGUAUAGACGGAUGAUCGACUUCUUCAGAUGGAGACUCUUCUGAGAUUUCCAAGAGGUUGGAGGUCAAAGUUAAGCGUUCGAAGAAAAACCCCUCAGAGCUGUGCGGGAGUCCGUCACUAUAUGAUGAUUUGAGGGCUUCUCGCUUUCUGCCCGGGCUUUUGAAGUACUGUGUAUGCCAUGAUAAACUGCUUACUUACCGUAGACACACAAUUCCAAACUUAUACACACUUAACACGCACAUUCACAUUAUAGCAGAUUCAUGUUAACCCCCACAGAUGGACUCCAGCUGUGCAUUUGUAUGUGUUUCAAAGCUUUGUGAUUGUGAUUCAGGCUGAAAACAGCAGGACUAAGACGGACAACGCAACUGUGCGUCUAAAUUAACUCGGUCACAAACUCUCCACAUCCUCUUGAGUGUUACACAUACCCGUUGCUUGGUUACAAUCUCAUUUCGACUCUCAUUAUCACAUUUCGGGUGAUGUUUCCAGACCAUCUCUGACAUUAUCACCCUGUGCCAGCUUGAGGCUUCAGGUCCACAGUUCACCUGAGUUAUUUCACUGGAAGAGACAUGACAUCAUCAGGAGAUGAGGCCGGAGUGACCGGAGCUUCCUGGUUCAGACUUCUCUGUCUUUGUUGAUUUAUUGGAUUUCUUGUUGUCUAAUGGCUAAAAACCAGAAAUGGCACUUUUAUCAUUUUGUUAUGGGAUUUUUUUUUUCUGUUAAGGUUUUUCAUGUUUUUGUUCUUCACAUUUCUUUGCUUUCCACAGUGUUGAUUGAUUUGUAGAUUGAGCAAAUGAGAAUAGUCUAAAUGAAGAACCUACCCUACUCGUGGCCAUGGUAACCCUCAAUGGUAACUAGCAAUGGGAACCAUAAAGAAUUUAACAAUUGUAGUUCUGAUUCCCCUUAACAGUUCCAUUUAUGAUUUUUUUUUUUUUUUUUUUUUAGUGCUUCUGAGGAAAAUAUAUUGGGUGGGGGGGAUUUUUAUUGCAUUUACUAUCCUCAUCAGUCUGAUUCUAAAUGGAGUUUGACUUUUCACAGACUUUUUAAUGGUGGCAUAAAUGCAGUCCAAUAAUUAAUCCUAACUAUGUAUUAAAUAAAAAGACUAAACAAGUCAAAAAAAUUUGGUAAGAUUUCCUAUUUUCAUAUUAACAUUAAUUAAUUUUUUAUAAAAUGACACAUUCCAAAAAAAAAAGUGUAUCUUUAUCUGCACAUUGUCAUAUGAACGUUAAGCCUGGAAAUACACUGAUUUAAGUCCCACAAGCAUUACGAUGAAAAUAAUAACUUUUCAGUAAGUGAGUCUCUUUUUUUAUUAUUCACUAAUAGGGAACAUUCAGAGUCAUUUGUUUGGGAAUCAGACUACCCUGUGUUUAAAUCACUAAGACAUAAAAUCUUAUAAAAAAAGAUAUAAAGUUUUAUUUAAGACCCUUAUUAGCAAGUACACUAAAUAACUAGAAGCAGAACUUUAUGAGUUAUGUCUUCAAAAUCAGUUCUUAUUUUUGAAUGGGCAGAAGAUUUUUUUUCUUUUUAAACAAAGUCUGCAAAUAUUUUCCUUUUUUUCUGAUGCAUUCACAGAAACUGUUGUGUCAUUAUUUAAAGCAGAUUUCAUACAAAAGUCUAUUAUUGUGGUAUUCAAUAGGGAUGUAUUUCCUCCUACUCCCCCCCCUACAGGCCUGGAGGAACCAUUGUCAAGCCUACUCAUCCGUCUUUUAGUGUCUUUAGCAAUGUAUAAAUUCUCCUUUACACCAGCAUUAUGUGAUACACUCUACUGCCUGAAUCCUAAGACUUAAAGCACUUCCUCGGAUAGCCAGGCCACGGGUUAGGCAGGAUUUUUUUUUUCUUUGUCCAGCUUCUCUGUUGAGCAAAGGCAAGCCAUCUGGCCUGAUUAGCAUUGACCUAUAAGCCACCCAAAGCAUUUCUAAACCUAACCAAAAAAUUCCAAUAGCGACCACACAAGAGCACCAAACCCUGUUUCAGCAUUUUACAGAGUCAUUUAAUAAUGGCUGUUAGAUUUAUAUGUUUACAUUGAAACAUUAUCAACUAACUUAAUAUAAUUUGAAAUGCCUUGAAAGUGAAAGACUCUCUUUCUCAACAGUAUUUCUAUAAACAAUGCUGAUUUCAGGAGGACUUUCAGUGUUUCAGAAGUCCAGUUGGACUGGACGGAACUUGAUGUUUGGAUUUGUUGAGACGUUAUAAAAACAUAUUGAGGCAAUGUUAAAUAAAUGUUAAUGUUUAAAAAGA